UCACGGUUCACUGUCAACCUGCUGUCAAGUGUGUGCAAGUAUGUUUACAAUUGUAGGCGUUCGUAAAUUUCUAUUUUGAAGCAAACCAGGCGCAAUUAAACGCACUUUGCUGAACAACAUAAUUGGCGAGCUGUGUCAAGACGUAUUCGAGAUUAAAUGCGACACGGAAACACUUGCAGCAGCGCACGUCCGACCGCUGAGCGUCGUUUGAUAACGACGGUGUCCACACAAAGAAAUGAAUAUCCACUUGGAAUUCUACAUGCACUAAAAAUAGCAUAAAGAGACUAGUUAUGCCUGAACAAUUCAUCAAAGUGAAACACAGCGAAUCACAAUCAACCACUGUAUUCUGUGACAUCAAGAAGAAUGACAAUGAUCUAAAUGACUCCUCAUCAAAUCUGUCCAAUUCGAAUGGAGAUAUCUGUCGCAUUUGUCACUGUGAGGCAGAUGUUGGCAAUCCACUGCUGUCACCCUGCUAUUGUGCUGGAAGCCUUAAGUAUGUACAUCAGAGCUGCUUGCAGCAGUGGAUUGCUGCAUCAGAUACUAGAUCAUGUGAGCUGUGCAAAUUUCAAUUUAUUCUGCAUACAAAGAUUAAACCAAUCUCAGAUUGGAGGAGAUUGGAGAUGAGCAACAUUGAGAGAAGGAGACUGUUAUGUGCAAUAUUAUUUCAUUUUGUUGCUGCUGUUUGUGUUAUUUGGUCUCUAUUUGUACUUAUUGACAGGGCAGCAGAGGAAGUGCACAGAGGUGCAAUUGCUUGGCCUUUCUGGACCAAACUUGUAGUUGUUGCUGUUGGGUUCACUGGUGGUGCAGUAUUCAUGUAUAUUCAAUGCAGGCAAUAUUUGCACUUGUUUUCACGUUGGAAGGCUCACAAUAGAAUAAUUCUCGUUCAAAAUGCACCCGAGAAACAACCGCCGCCAGCGCCAUCGCCUGUCGUGCGCGUUGCGAUAAGUCCCCCAAAUCGUUCGGAUUUCUCCUCCGAAGUGGUCGCGAAUGUGGAGCACAACGCGCCACCGCGCUACUCCGAAGGCCCACAGGUGGAGUCAUGCUAUGUGUUCAACGCGCCCGUCGACAACGUGAAGACGCAUGCAGCCGAUAAGAGCGCACCGCCCAACACCAGCCGGCAGCCGCCACCGCCACCCGCCUCCGACAACGACAAGAAGAGCAUCGGCGCGAAUUCGUGCGACGCGCUCGAACUCAACAUCCAGGAGAUACUAGCGCUGGACAUCGAGUACAGCAAGCGGUGUUCACGCAGCUCCGGCGACGGCCACACCGCGCCGGCAGAGCGAAUCGCGCAAUCAAAGAGCGUCUUCAAGUCGAUGCCUAACUUAAGUGCCAGCAGCGAGAACCUACUUGUCUAAGAAAUUCAUUUUACGCGGGCGGAGCACGUGGAGGCGGUGGAAGUGGAUUGCGAUGGAGGAGAUUCGAAGACCGGAACAUAAUUUUUUAUUCAGCCCCGCUUACUGGAUUCAAAAUUCAUUUCUAGACGCGAAAAAAUGGGUUUCAGUCAUUGGAUUUCAACACGAAAGCUGUGAGUUAUAUUGUUACACAACUAACAAUUAUUACUAUUAUAUUUAUAAAUGGUGCCUUAUUUGUGGAGUGUUUUAACUGUCAUAAGUUUUCAGUCUUUAUUAGUUGUAGCGUAUGUAAUACUAUAUUAUAUUAAUCAUCUCAAUCACUCCCAGGUUCCGGGUGUAUGCGUAAAAUGUUAAAACGUCGAGUGGGCGAGUUAUUAGACUGGUUUUGAUUUGUAAUAAUAUUGAGUAAGAUUGUUUUUAAAUGGUGCUAUAUAAUUUGUAAAUUUGCUCAAAAUGGGAGCGCGGUGUUUGUGUCGUCUUUCGUUUCGGUAAACACUCAAAAAAGUAUUCAAGAAUUGUGUGAAUUUCAAUUGCACGCCAUGAUCAAAUUGAAACAUUGAAAAUGACUGAGCAGCCCUUUGGUUCUUCACUGUUUUGAAUGUUUUUUUUUUUUUUCUUAUUAUUGCGCGAUCGAAAUGUGAAAAUUAUAUUUUUAUAUAUGAAAACAUUCAUUAUCAGACGACUUAUCUGAAUAUUACUUUCGGCUGAUUGUACAGUAGACCUUUAUAAUGGAUUGUAAUUAGUUGGAAGUGCCGGCGUAAUUAUAAUAGCUAGCAAAUAGACAAAAACAAAAAAGUAUCGAGUCCUAAUCGCGUGGUGAUGUGUCGGUUUUGUAUUUAAUUGAAAUUGACUGCCCAUUCUCAAUCAUUUCAACACAGCUAACUGCAUUUACAUUGACGUGAAUAUCAAAUUUGUUGGUUUUUCUUUUUAGACGUGAUAAAAAAAAAGAACAAUUUCAGUUUCAAACUUUUACAAUUCACUUUCUAGGCGUCAGCAAUGCAGUAUUAAAUACACUGAUAGGGACACGAUUUAUUUGCGAUUUUCAGCUUUAUUACUCUAUAAAUAUAUUCGAUUAUUCUCUUUGCCGUGUACGAAAUUGUAAUUGUGUUUUACUGGUUUACAGCAUACGCGUUGCAUGAUCGAUAAGAAAUUGAAAGCUAGUCGUUAACGUUACUAAUGAGAAUUGUUGUUUGUAUAACACUUAUCGGUUUUAUCUGGAUAUAUUGAUUCAUGCGGAGCGGAACGGUUUUUGUUACUUGAGAAACAAUGUACUGCAGUGUUGUAUUUUUUAAAACCGUACGAUGAAUGUACAUAAAUACAAAUUACAAUAAAUGUUUUAUUGCAGA